AGAGGCUUGCCCAGAGGAGGACUGCGUGGGGGACGUGCCACCAGGACCCUGCUUAGGGGCGGGAUGUCGCUCCGAGGUCAAAACCUGCUUCGAGGUGGACGAGCCAUAGCUCCCCGAAUGGGCUUAAGAAGAGGUGGUGUUCGAGGUCGUGGAGGUCCUGGGAGAGGGGGCCUAGGGCGUGGAGCUAUGGGUCGUGGCGGAAUCGGUGGUAGAGGUCGGGGUAUGAUAGGUCGGGGAAGAGGGGGCUUUGGAGGACGUGGACGAGGACGUGGACGGGGGAGAGGUGCCCUUACUCUCCCUGUGUUGACCAAGGAGCAGCUGGACAACCAGUUGGAUGCCUACAUGUCGAAAACUAAAGGACACCUGGAUGCUGAGUUGGAUGCCUACAUGGCACAGACAGAUCCUGAAACCAAUGAUUGAAACCUGCCUGCCUGCCUGCCCAUCUGUGAGAGACUCUUGUUAAAGUUGCCACAUCUGUAAAUAACCUUGGGAUGACAGAGAAGAAACCUGGUUGAUGGAAGAAGGACCUAUCAUAACAGGCUGUGGAGUUACCUGCCACCAGUUUGUGCAUUUUGUGUGUUCCUUUUACUUUUGAUACUGUGUUGUAUGAAAACCCCUUUCCCUUUG